AUGCUUCUCAUUCUGCUAACGUAUCUUCCCGUCGCGUUUGCCAUUGCCCGUGCGGCUAACCCCACGGUCAUCUUGGACAAGGCUGCUGUGAUUGGAACAACAAACGGAUCGGUCACCAGUUACUUCGGUAUUCCUUACGCAGAACCUCCUAUCAACGACCUUCGGCUCCGGCUCCCCGUAGCUAUCACUGCAUACAACGGGACCAUCAACGCGACACUCCCGGCUACCCAGUGCAUCCAGCUUCCGCCGCAGCCCCGCAGCGACUUGCCGGGGGAGAUCCUUCAAGACCUGGUUACAUACCUCGCUUCUGUCCCCUUCACGUCCGAUGCACCUCAGGAUGAAGAUUGUCUGUCGAUAAGCGUACAGAUACCCGCCGGCACGAAGCCGGGGGCACAUCUGCCUGUACUGGCGUACAUUUAUGGUGGCGGCUUCACCUCCGGCUCUACGGCACAGAAUCCAGGGGAUGCGCUGGUUAAAAGAGCGAUCGAGUUGUACCAGCCGAUCAUCUUCGUAGCCAUGAACCAUCGGUAUGAUUUCCCCUUCUCGUUCUUGGGAGGCAAAGAGAUCAAGGCAGCCGGCGUUGGGAACCUUGGACUCCACGAUCAACGCGUCGCUCUGAGAUGGAUCAAGAAGCACAUCUCCGCAUUUGGUGGAGACCCGGAAAAAAUCACAAUUAAUGGGCCAAGUGCAGGUGCCAUCUCGAUCGGACUGCAGAUGGUCACAAACGGCGGGGAUAACGAAGGCCUUUUCCGGGGCGCAAUUAUGCACGCCGGCUCUCCGCUGCCGACGGGCGACAUCGAGACCCUGCAGCCAUUCUAUGACGCGGUCGUGGAGCAUGCCGGCUGUGCGGCGGCUGAAGAUACUCUCGCCUGUCUGCGUCACGUUCCGGCUGACACGCUGCUGACAGCCGCUGCAGCGGUCCCGAACCUCUUUGAUUAUCCGGGACUUGCGGAGGCAUGGGCCCCGCGCGCGGAUGGCGUUUUCCUUGAAGCGCCUCCGCAACACCUGAUCCUAGCAGGACAUGUGUCAAACAUCCCCUUCAUCACCGGAGAUGCUUUAGAUGAAGGCACGAUAUUCGCCACGGGCAGUUUCAACGUGACCACCGAGGCAGAGUUCCGCGACUUUGUUGCCCAGCAUUUCUUUCCAACCACCCCAACGGAUGUCCUCGCGCCGCUUUUCGAUUUGUACACGAACGACCCCGCGGAAGGUUCGCCGUUCGAGACCGGAGAUGCCAACGAGCUGGCCCCCGAGUUCAAGCGCAUGGCCGCCCUGCAGGGCGACAUAAUCUUCCAGGCGCCGAAGAGGUUCUUCCUAGACCAGCGGUCCCUGAAGCAACCUACGUGGACGUACAGGAACAUUGAAUUGACUAACUUAUGCAUCGAACAGCCGCAUGGAAGCGACUCCACACCGGCCCUAGAGGGCAACGACCUCGCGGACUACUUAAUCCAGUUCACAGCGACGCUCGACCCGAACGGCGGCACGUCGAACCGCACAAUUCCGUGGCCGCGCUACGACCCGCUUUCGCGGAGCAUGCUCACGCUACUCGAAGGAGACACGCCGCUGGAGAUCGUGGCGGAUACGGCGCGGCUCAAGGCGAUGGCAGGACUGACGGGAUUGUGUCUCGCGUUCCCCUUUUAA